UUUUCCCCAAUUUACUGUAACUAGACCGAAAUUAUUAUGUCAUGAGCAGAUAUCCAUUUGCGAUUGUUUUUGUAGCGAUUAUUUCAUUAAUAAUAAAUGAUUAAUUACGUGUAAACGACAUCUUACUCGUAGGUAAAUACGAACUUAAUGUUCCAAGUUGUCCGAUCAUCAGAAAAAAUAGUUUAUCAUAUUAACCAAAAAUUAUUUUUUCCAAUUGACAUGGUCCAUUAAUAUUUAUGUAAAUUUGUUCUUGUAUCGAGUAAACUUUGGGACUAGCGCAUUGUGAUUUCUAAAAAUAAGAGAAAAUCCUAUUAAUUUCCAAUCAUGUGGGAAUUUUGGCAAGUCCUCUGUUAGUACACCGCUAAAUUACAUGCCGCUAUUCUAAUUUUAAUAAAGCCAGUUUAAGAUAAUGGGAUAUAGGUACAAAAUAUAUAUUUUUACCUAUGUCAGAUAUUAGUCAGUAAAUCUUCUUUCUUAUUUCUCUUUUAUAUGUAUAGAUUUUAAAUAGUCUUACAUGGAAUAUCUAGAAUGAACGAUUUCUUUACAAACAUGAUCUGGCUCAUUUUUGUUCCUUGUUCUAUUGUUCACUUAAUUCUAGUACUGUCUGCUUAAUUGCGACUAAACCGUGUACUAAAAUGUUUUACUAAAGGUUUGAGUUUCUAAGGUAUCAUAAUUCACAAUUAAGCACCUCUUCCCUCUAAUUUACUCAAAGACUAUCAAAGUCAAUUGAAUAUACCUAUCAACCGCAUAAUUAGACUACUCUGCAGCGUCUGUUUGGUUAAUUAGGUGAGCGUUAACGAUCUUCGCAAACAGAAUCUAAGCGCUUCACAAUAAUAAUAAUUAUGUGUCUCAUAAUGCAUUACAUAAGUAAGUACGUCUAACAAAACCUUUUGAUGUUAAUUUUAGCGAUUAAAUAGUAUUUCGCGUGCCUCCUUCGCGUGUUCACAUUAAGCAUGACGUAGCGGUCGUGUAUUGGGCAACUUUCUCCAAAUUACAACUCAAAAGUUUAAUACGAACAGCCUCGAAGGACCGAACAACAAGAUUCCCCGAAAUUCCGUAUCGCAUCAUUACAAAACUAAGUUUAAUAAGUUCCCAGCGGUUGCCCGCGAGCUAAUAACCUUUUUUCCCAAACACUCGCCAACUUUACGGGCCGCAACGGCAAUAAAACUCCAUCAGUGAGGAGGUGAGCUACGUGCGAGACGGUUUGCCCGACGCGGCUCUUAAAAGCCUCCGCGGUUCUCGGGACGAGAAACAGCAGGGUGCGAGGGGUGCGGCGUCGCGACGCCUGUCGGGCUCAGUCGGGCGCCGGCCUUUGGCAGCGCCGGUCGCUGCGCAUGGCCCGCGUCAGGUAACGCGGCAUGCGGCCCGCGCUCGCCGCGCUCGCGGCCUGCUGCGUGGUAGCGCGCGCCGAGCUGCCCUCCGCGCGCCUCGCCCCGCGCAACUUCACCCCCCAACAUGUCCUUCAAUGCUCUGAGGGCCUCGUCCUCCCGAUUUGGAAACCUCUUGAGGAUGUCCCGACUUUGGACAUCGCGCUGCGGGGCGUCGUUUACUUCUUGGCCCUCAUGUAUCUGUUCAUCGGCGUCUCUAUCGUUUCCGACCGUUUCAUGGCCGCUAUUGAAGUCAUCACCUCGAGAGAAAAAGAAGUGCGCGUACGGCGAAACGGCAGCGACCAAAUCAUUGUCGUUAGAGUGUGGAACGAGACCGUUGCCAACUUAACGCUAAUGGCUCUGGGAUCUAGUGCCCCUGAAAUUUUGCUUUCAGUUAUUGAAAUAGCCGGAAAGAAUUUCGAAGCUGGAGAUUUGGGCCCUGGUACCAUCGUAGGGUCCGCUGCUUAUAAUUUGUUUGUGAUUAUUGCUAUUUGUGUCGUGGUAAUACCUGAUGGAGAGGUACGGAAGAUAAAACAUCUGAGAGUCUUCCUUGUGACGGCGACAUGGUCAAUUUUUGCAUACGUUUGGCUUUACCUCAUCCUGGCUGUAAUAUCACCGAGUGAAGUCGAAGUUUGGGAGGGCGCUAUCACAUUCCUAUUCUUCCCGGCGACAGUACUUACGGCAUACAUCGCUGAUCGGCGCCUACUAGUCUACAAGUAUUUGAAAAAAGGAUACCGUGUGAAUGAAAGAGGAGUGAUUGUGGAAGCCGAAGGCGACGGUUCUGUUGAAAUGGCGCUAAAACCAAAUAGUAACGAUGAUUUUGCAUCGGAUGAUGAAGAAGGGCGUGAAAUAGAAAAAUCGCGGAAAGAAUACGUGUCAGUAUUACGGGAGUUAAGACGACAACAUCCCGAGGAGGAUCUGGAAACCGUCGAGCGAAUGGCUUUGGAAACCUUGAUGUCUCGGGGUCCCAAGUCAAGAGCGUUUUAUAGAGUGGCGGCCACACGUAAAAUGACUGGUGGUGGAGAUUUCUCACGCAAAAUAUCUGAAAGAGCUCAAAGUGAUCUUAGUGAGGUGAAGGCGGAGUUACAACGACGCGAAUCUGGCUCGCUAUCGAUUGAGCCGAAGGGUCCUAACGUUCGAUUCGACCCUGAUCAUUAUACUGUAAUGGAAAACUGUGGAUCAUUCGAAGUACGCGUUGUACGCGGCGGAGAUCUCAAUGGCGAAAUAUCUGUGCAAUAUACCACUGAAGAUGGUACUGCCGAAGCCGGAUCAGAUUAUGUUGCAGCUCAAGGCGCUUUGAUCUUUAAACCUGGGGAGACAGAGAAAACCUUUGCCGUGCAAGUUAUAGAUGACGAUGUUUUCGAGGAAGAUGAGCAUUUUUAUGUGCGUUUGAGCUCUCCUAGAGGUGCAUGUUUGGCUUCUCCGUCUACGGCUACAGUAGUGAUAUUAGAUGAUGAUCAUUCUGGUGUAUUCUCGUUUCCGCAAAGAGACUUUGAGUUGACGGAGUCUGUUGGGACGUAUGAUUUGCGUGUGGUGAGAACGGCAGGCGCUAGGGGGAAGGUCAAGGUGCCGUACUGGACCGAGGAUGGUACAGCGAAGAGCGGCUUGCAGUACGAGCCUGCGCAGGGGCAUAUUAUCUUUGAGAACAACGAAACUGAGAAAACUAUUCCACUACAUAUAAUCGAGGAGGAUAGUUACGAGAAGGAUGUGUUGUUUUACGUUAACCUCGGCGACCCGGAGUUGCUUGGAGAAGUAUUUGAGACCUUUCUGCCUGAUGCUUCUGCGACGCUUUCUGUUCAGUUCUCACCUGACGAUGACCAACCUGUGAAUCCUGGUGGUAACGAAGUGAAUCACCUAGCCACGCUUCCUGAAGAAGAAGCCGUGGUCGCCAUGAUGGGGCUCCCGAGGGCUGGUGAUAUCACCAGGGCGCAGCUGAGGGUUAAGGAGAGCAAAGAGUUUAAGAACACAGUUGAUAAAUUGGUACAACGUGCAAAUGCAUCGAUAAUUAUAGGAACCUCUUCGUGGAAGGAGCAGUUUUCAGAGGCGUUGACUGCAAGUUCAGGCUCUGACGAUCCCGACGAGCCGCCAUCUUGGUCCGAUUACGUUCUGCACGUGGUCACACUCUUCUGGAAAAUUAUAUUUGCCUUGAUACCACCUACCGACAUAGGCGGCGGAUACGUGUGUUUCGUCGUGUCCAUCAUCUGUAUCGGCCUGGUGACGGCUGUCAUUGGAGACGUGGCGUCUCACUUCGGCUGCACCCUGGGUAUCAAGGACUCCGUUACUGCUAUAGUAUUUGUAGCCUUGGGAACUAGUAUACCAGAUACAUUUGCGAGUAAAGUAGCGGCUUGCCAGGACAAAUACGCUGACGCUUCAGUCGGCAACGUGACUGGUUCAAAUGCGGUCAACGUGUUCCUGGGUAUAGGAGUGGCGUGGACCGUAGCAGCUAUAGUCCAUUGGAGCAAGAAUGAGAAGUUCCUGGUGGAUCCUGGGAACUUAGCGUUCAGCGUUACCAUGUUUUGCUCUGAAGCCGCAUUAGCUGUUCUAGUCCUGGUGCUGAGACGGCGGAAAUCUAUAGGAGGGGAACUCGGCGGUCCUCGUACUAUCAAAAUUAUCACUUCCAUAUUCUUCUUCUCUCUUUGGCUAGUCUAUCUUACUAUGUCUAGUUUGGAAGCUUACGAUGUAAUCCAAGGCUUCUAAAAAGUCUGGCAAUUAAUUCGAGAUAUUAAAGAUCAAAGUGGAAAUAUUUGCGACUACUUCAGAUGAUUCUUUUUAUUCGUCGCGUUGAUUGAAAAUACAUGACACCAUCAAAAUAUUUCUACUUACUAAAAGACGCGAAUUAUUCAAGAUAUUUCUUAGUACACUAAUGCCAUCUAGCAGGCGUACUGGGAGUUAGAGACUUGUGAACGCACUUGCGACACGACGCGACGCGACACAACCUUUUUGUGUGGAAAUCUUAAACGUAGAUGUUAAUAAGAUAUAUGUGAGUAAUUCGUGUCUUUUAUCGAAUCUUCUACUUUAUUUGUUCUAUUUGUGUCUUUCUAUAAAAGUUAGGUUAUUUUUCAAGCGUUUAACAACAAAGCAUACGGCCACUGGAAACAGUCGUGAAAAAAGAAAAAAAGGCUUAUUAGAUAAGCUUUUAAGUAUAUAUAUUUACUGAGGAAAGCAUCGUUUGAAAAAUAAUUUAACUAACCUAAAUAAAAUGCAUGUGCUCAAAUUUAAAGAAUUAGAUUAUCAAUUCAUAUUUCACUCUUUACCUAUUUCAAACUAUUUAACCUGAUAAUAAUCGUUAAAUGUAGCCUUGGAGGCUGUGGUAUAAAUCUAAAUAAGAUAAAAAGAUAGAUACGCAUUAUAUCGUUAGUAAUUGUAGAAUGUUAGCGUGUCAGAGAAUUUUGUAUGUUGUAUACCAACGUAAUUAGCAAAUAAACCCGUUUCGCAUUUCUGUGAAAGCAAAUUUUUUUAUGUUUAAUUUACACAUUUUGAAUUAAGUAAUAAAUAUUAUUUUAUGGUUGACUUUUAAUCAUUUGGGAUUACUUUCAAUCAACAGAAUAAUUAAAAUUAAAUUAACUUAAAAAAUUCAGUUUUGUGGCUCUAUAAUUAAAGACGUGUAGCUACAUUAAAGUAAAAAUUACUAGAAAAUUACGCUUUUAUAAUCUAAAUGUGAAAUAGGAUUUGUGUACACCUAGGAUAAUUAAAAAAUAAAUUAACAUCAAAGUAGAAGCUUCGCUCGUCGUAACUUUUGUCGCCACGUCGGAAAAAUGCGAAUAAAUCGUAGUCUUGAUGAGAUAGUAGUUAUUUUGUGCGUCUUCAGUUGUUUAUUUUCAAAUUUUAUUUAUAGAGCUAUAAUGUAGGACGUGUGGAUCGACAAUUUUAGCUCCAAGCAUUACCAAACUAAUGAGGUGUGACGAUGGAGUCAUUAUAAUUUAUUAAGGUUAUUUUAAGAUGACACAUUGAGCCGAUACAUAUGUACUUCCAGGGGUUUUUAGGAUUUUACUAAAGAGUUUAAAUAAAAAUUAUACAUGUCUAAUUGUUAAUUCUUGAAUGAUGAAAUACAAUGUUAGAAAAUAUUUAAAAAUGAGUUUCCGCGUCAAUUAAAAAAAAAAAUUGAGAAAAUUUAAGUUUCUUUUAAAAUAAUAUACCUAAAUAAAUUACCUAUAUAAUGAUAAUUUUCAUAUAAUUUAUUUAAAAAAUAAUAUUAUUUUUUUGGUGUAAAGGCCUUAAUGUGUCAAAUAUUUUAUGUGUAAAAUAUAUAGGUAUACCAAAUUUCGAAAAAUGUGUUGCCGCUAGAAUUAGCAGUAGGUAAGUAAAUACCUCAAAAAAGGGUAAUUUUGUUCACGGUGUUCAGUAAAUUACAUAUAGAUUACUAUUAAGCGUGUUGUUUUGAGUAUUUUCACGAAGAACCAUUUAUUUUAUAGAAUGUAAUGGAAUAACCAUAGUUAUUUUUAUUUUCCGAAGAUCCGUAUGUUAUGUAAUGUGUUAUAAAAAUUAUAUGGGCUACGUGUAUUCUUUUUUUAAUUUGCUUCCUUAGUUAUGUUUUACGAUAACCCAAGCUCACUGUAUCGAAGAUAAUUGUUAUUACUUAUGCUUAUAAUAUAUAUAUUAAUGAAUAUUGGUCCACGAAACUGCUGACGUAAUAAUUAUAUUUGUAUGAAAAUAA